UCUCCCUCCUUCUCUUCAAGCAUUUCUCCCUGCCUCCCUCUCUCUCUCUUUCCCCCCCCCCUUUUUAUUUCCGUCAGCUUGUGCCGAACAACUCCCCGAUCCUUUUCGGUAUUACUCACGGCGGGAAGUUGCCGAGCCGCUGUCUUUUUCCCCCCCUUUCCUUCGACGGGACGGUCAACGGCUUGUUCUUUUUGAAAAAAAGAAGCUCGCGUCGGCUCCAACCGUCACCUCCUGUUACCGCCGCCAUCAGCAGCAUCAAUUCUUCACCUCUCUCUCUCUGCGUGCUAGUGUCUCUUCAGGGGGUGUGUGUGCGAUGGACGGCAUUGUCACAGAUCUUAUAGCAGUCGGUUUAAAGCGGGGAUCUGACGAGCUUCUUUCUGCUGGUAUUGUUAACGGCCCAUCUACCAUGAGCAAUUCUACUCCAGCUACAGCUAAUGGAAACGACACCAAAAAAUUUAAAGGAGACGGAUCUCCAAACCCUCCCUCUCGUGUUCUUCAUAUUCGUAAGAUUCCAAAUGAGGUUUCCGAAACAGAAGUCCUUUCACUAGGUUUAUCGUUUGGCAAAGUCACUAAUCUAUUGAUGUUAAAAGGGAAAAAUCAGGCUUUCCUUGAAAUGGCUUCAGAAGAAGCAGCUGUUACUAUGGUGAACUAUUACACCACAGUCACUCCACACCUCCGCAAUCAGCCCAUCUACAUCCAAUAUUCCAACCACCGGGAACUGAAGACUGACAACUUGCCUAACCAAGGCAUGCCUGACAUGCGAGCCCAGGCUGCUCUACAGGCAGUAAAUGCGAUGCACACUAGCAACAUGUCUAUGACAGGCAGCACGGUUAAUGAGGGCGCAUUAACAGCUGGUUCAGUCCUGCGCAUCAUUGUGGAGAAUCUCUUUUAUCCUGUCACUCUGGAGGUCUUGCAUCAGAUCUUUACCAAGUAUGGAACUGUGCUGAAAAUCAUCACCUUCACAAAGAACAAUCAGUUCCAGGCAUUGCUACAGUAUGCUGAUCCAAUGCAUGCUCAUCAUGCUAAACUGACUUUGGAUGGCCAGAAUAUCUACAAUGCUUGCUGUACUUUACGUAUAGAGUUCUCAAAGCUGACUAGCCUUAAUGUUAAAUACAACAAUGACAAAAGCAGAGACUUUACGCGGCUUGAUCUUCCUUCCGGCGACGGCCAGCCGACCGUUGACCCUUCUGUGGCCGCCGCUUUUGGUAAGGAAACCUCACUUCUAGGCGCACCUGGUAUCAUCUCCAAUCCCUAUGGGGGUGGUGGAUUUGGCCCUGCUCUUGGCUUUCCACAAACUGCAGGUCUGUCUGUUCAAGGAAUCCCAGGAGGGCUCGGGCAUCUUGGCCUUCCACACGGUGCAGUCGGUGGUCGUCUAGCAAUGCACGGUAUUGGCCCAGCAGCAAACUCUGUCCUGCUAGUCAGCAACCUAAACCCUGAGAAGGUUUCACCUCACUGGCUGUUCAUCCUCUUUGGAGUUUAUGGUGAUGUACAUCGUGUGAAGAUCUUGUUCAAUAAAAAAGAAAAUGCCUUAAUACAGAUGGCAGAUGCAAACCAAGCUCAAUUGGCCAUGAGCCACCUUAAUGGGCAGAAGGUAUAUGGCCGGGUAUUGCGUGUGACUUUGUCAAAACAUCAAAUGGUUCAGCUUCCUCGGGAAGGACAGGAGGACCAGGGUCUAACCAAGGACUACAGCAGCUCACCACUUCAUCGCUUCAAGAAACCAGGGUCCAAGAACUUCCAGAAUAUUUUCCCUCCGUCAUCCACCCUGCAUCUCUCCAACAUUCCACCUUCAAUCACUGAAGAUGAUCUGAGGAAUCUGUUUGAAAGUACUGGAUGUUCAGUGAAAGGCUUCAAGUUUUUCCUGAAGGACCGUAAGAUGGCCCUUAUCCAGUUAGACAGUCUUGAAGAAGCAAUCCAGGCACUCAUUGACCUUCACAACCAUGAUCUUGGAGAAAACCACCAUCUCAGAGUUUCCUUUUCUAAAUCUACGAUUUAAUUCCUCUCCUGUUUUCCCUAUAGACUGGGACCACACAAUGUGGUAAAUUAGCAUUCAGACAGAGACUGAAAUACCAAUGACCAACUAUGCCUGCAAGAGAUGCUUAGAGUAAUGAUGUUUUAAGUGGAACACAACAGUGAUGAUGGGAUCCUUCCUUUUUGUUUAAACUUCUCAAUACCAAUUUUCUUUAUAUCUAAUUUUUGAAAGGUGCGGGUUUGUUGCAAGCAGUCCGCAGCCAUAAAUUGAUGUUCAUUCACCUAUUAACAACUGGUUCAGUGAGAAUUUCUUUUUAAAAAGAAGUUUACAAUCUUGGGGGAGAGGGAAAAAAAUCAGGUCUAGAUCUAAAAGUUUGACACACUUUAAACAAAUUAUUUUGGUAAUAUUGGGGAAAAAGAAAUAAACAUCAUGGGCUUUCAUACCACUAAAAUAUAAUCUGAAAGAAAUUAUCAGUUUCGUAUUUACUGUGUACUUGUUUAAUUAUCAUGUGCCUUAUUAUGUGCUUAUAAUCAAAUAGAUUAGAGGCUUUUCCUGAGGUUUCAUCAGUACAUGUAUUGUGGGUUCUUUCAAAGGGAGUCUUUCUCCUUGUAGAUUUAGGUGAAUUUUCUUUUGUGUAUUUUGCAGCAUUGCAACAGUUGCUAACUGAUUUGAUUUAUAUUACAAAUUAGUACACAGAUGGGAAUGAAAAUGCAAACUUCCUUCCUCUCCUCGGGCAAAAUGCAAAUCUGUAUUCUCUCUCUAUCAUCCAAGAGCUGCAGAAAUGCUGUAUAAAAGCCUGUACUGCAGUUUUGAUUGAAUAUUACAUAUUAUGACCAAUUCAAAACUGCAAUGCCUGAGGCUGAUUUUCCUUUUGAAUAUCUGCAACGUUCUAAAUGAUUUAAAUAUCCAAUCUGUGUGCUAAGAGUUUGUUAUAUGUUAUCUUAAAUAUUUCAUUUAUUUGGAUCUGUAGUGUGAACUUACCUGUUAAUUUUACGAAUGUUUAAUUGUUAUUAUUGGCUGUUGUUUUGAGGGAAUUAGGCUUUUGAACGUUUCUGUGCAGAUACUUUUUAAAGUCUUUGUUGGGAUUUUUCCUUUCUUUCGUUAGACUCCCUAGCUAAAUAUCUAGCAUUUUGUGUUUGCCUUUCUUGCUUUAUUGAAUGCUCACUGGACUAACUGCCAGUUUAGAAAAAAUGUCCUUAACUCUUCCAUCCAUUCUGAAAGAUACUUCAGAGCUGCACAGACUUUGCGAAGCUGCAACUAAACCAUGGUUAGAACUGUACUGAUUUAUUAAAUACAAGACUCUUUAAUACCAUUCAGGUGGAAUUCCAAGACACUUAACAGAAAAGAAAAAGAUUAAAUAUUAGUGAAUGAUAAGGUAGAGAAAACAUGAGCUUUUAUUUCAGGGUUUCAGAGAAAAACCAAAACAGGACCAAAGUUUAUGUGCCUUCAAUAGUCUUAAUCAUUUUUUUCUCUUCCCUCCAAUUUGAUCUUUUCCUUUUACUAUAUUUAGGCCUAAAAUAGAAAACUAUUAUGAAUGUAGUUUCAAGUAUAAAAGGAGGGAGAUUGUGAGUAAUAGAAGAAUAACAAUUUUUUGUUUUUGUUAUGAGGUGCUUCAUUUGAUUGCACCUAGCUUUAAGGAGAGUAUACCUUAAGGUCACUAAUUUACAUUGAAUUGGAUCUGUCAACUCCUGCAUGCCGAGCGUGGAACCAGAGAUUCACUUCAUAAAAGAAGCAUCUUAAAACAGUUGUUAGGAAUCGCACAGUAUCCUUGCCGUUUGUGAUGCCCUGAGCCAGAACUCUCCCAAAGUUGCGAUUGUUUUUUCAUUCACCGUUCGACAAGUGUAAAGCCUGAAACAUUAGUGUGUAAUACCUCUUGCUUUGUAACACCAAGCAGUGUGAUGUAGCAUUCUCAACAGUGGUCUGACAAGUUGUUUAUACUGUCUGCGGAACAGGUUAAGGCAGAACUCUUCCAUUUGCAGGCAAAUAGUCAAACCAGCUUCUAGCUGCUAAUACUUGUAACUGAAGAGGAAAAGUCAGCUGACUUGAAUUGACUGACGCUGUGAGCUACCUAAAUUUAUUUGCUUUUUGAAUUUAAAAACUGGACUGAUGUUUGUGCAGCACCAACAAUGGACUAGUAUGUAAUGGCAUACUGUCUGAGGUGAUGCCAGUUAGACACUUAACAGGCAUUUGUCUUCAGUCAAUAGGGUGACGGUGACAUUAGACAUGCAGUAUAACUAGGCUUGAGACAUGCAUUGCAGCUGGGAUGCUCCUACCUGUGCAGUUCAGGCGAGGGUAGCAACAUUUACGUGGAAUCCCUAAACCUCUCUUUCAAGCUGCUUUUCUUAAAUUUUCCCCUUCUAGCAUUGAGGUGUUGGCAGGUGUAUAGUGCUUUCCUCCCUGUUCAUUCAUGUACUUGGUCUGUUCUUAAAAUUCCCUGCUUUUUUGAGUUUGUAAGAAUGUUCAGCUGACAAUGAAAAUGCUGUAAAUAUUUGUAACAACUUUUUUUUAAUCUGAGGUUUUUUGGGAACAAGAAGAAGUACAAACUGGUUUUUAUAUGAAAACAUUGAUUGUCUUGUAUAUUUUGAUAAGCAACAGUACCAGGUUUCAUUUGUAAAGCAGUUUGUGUCAAUGUGGAAGAAACAAAAUGGAUUCCAUUUCUGUUAAGAUGAUUUGUUUUUAAUGCAGAGAUGAUGAAAUAUUAAAAAAAUAUUUUCUAA